CCCACCCCCUCCCUCUCCUCUUGCAGGUGAAUAAUAGCCCGUCAAUCCCGCCUCUGAGGAUGAAGUGAUAAAGCGAGAGGGCAGCGAGCCCACAGGAAACGGCCGACUCUUCUCCUAGCCGCCAGGCCGCUCUCCCUCUCUGCCUCUCAUCCGCGCCCUGACUCGGCGCGCGGGGACUUUUGCUGUUCUUUCACCUCUGGGGAGAGGAGCGCGCGGCGGGAGUGGCGCGGAGAAAGGGAGGAAGGCGGCAGAAAGCGUGUCCCUGGGCGAAGGAAAAAGCCGCCCUGCUGCGCCUGGGCUGAAGCUGAGCAUCGGGGAGCCCGGCGAGGGCGCAGCCAGUCGCCUCAGGUUUGUCAGAAACUUGCAAAAGGUGAACUGCUGAGAAUCAAGAUGGAAUCUGAUUCAAGGCCACCUCCGUAUUAUGAAAACUAUGCCUAUCAGCCAGAAAAUGCAGCUUCUCUAAGGUACCCUGGUGGCUAUCACAUGUAUCCACAAUACCCACCUCCGUAUUAUCCUCCAUCAGUGCCACAUUACGUCCCCAGAAUUUCUACUCAUGAGUCUACUCCAGUGCCAACAGUAGCACAACCAAAGUCUACAAAAAUCUGCACGCCAAGACUCAGGAAAAUAUUGUUACUCAUUCUAGCCAUUGCAAUACUGCUAAUAGGGGCUGCAAUUGCAUGUGUUCUCAUCUGGUUUUUCGUGACAGACAGUUGUUAUGGCUCCAAGAUACAUUGUGGCAACCUGGGAGUUUGUGUGUCACCAUCUCAGUGGUGCGAUGGAGUAAAUGAUUGCCCUAAUGGUGCAGAUGAAAAUCGUUGUGUUAGGCUUUAUGGACCAGAUUUUCUCCUUGAAGUUUAUUCAUCUAAAAGCAAAAAAUGGUACCGUGUUUGCCAUGAUGAUUGGAAUGACGAACAUGGAAAGACUGCCUGUGAGGAUUUGGGAUAUAACUCGAACACAUAUUUCAGGAGCGAGGGAUUACGACUCAAAACUGUCUCCGGGAGCUUUAUGAGGUUGAAUAAAAGUGCUGUGGACACAGACUUGCAUAAAAUAUUGUAUAACAGCGACCAGUGUCCAUCACGACAGGUGGUGUCUCUGAGAUGUGUAGACUGUGGCAAUUCCACUAAAGUUUGGAAUCCUCGAAACAGAAUUGUGGGUGGAACUGCUGCCUCCCGUGGUGAGUGGCCAUGGCAAGUCAGCCUUCAUAUACGGAACAUCCAUCUAUGUGGAGGGUCCAUUAUCACUCCUGAAUGGAUAGUAACUGCAGCUCACUGUGUAGAUGGGGCAUAUUCUCAUCCAUUUGACUGGACAGUUUAUCCUGGGAUCAUGAAACAGCAAGAAAUGUAUCCUCCAAGGGGCUACAAAGUAGCCAAAAUAAUUUCUCAUCCAAACUAUGAUUCAACUACUAAAGAUAAUGAUGUUGCCCUUAUGAAGUUACAGUUUGAGCUACCUUUAAAUGAAUUUACACGUCCAGUUUGUUUGCCCAACCCUGGAAUGAUGUUUCAGCCUGACCAGCAAUGUUGGAUAACUGGAUGGGGAGCAAAAUUUCAGCGAGGUAACACUUCAAAAGAACUGAAUGCAGCAAUAGUACCUCUGAUAGAUUCGGCUAUAUGUAAUGAUAAAUAUAUCUAUAAUGGACUGAUUUUGCCUACCAUGAUCUGUGCUGGAUACUUAGAAGGAAAGGUGGAUUCUUGUCAGGGUGACAGUGGUGGUCCAUUGGUAACUCGGAAGAAUGCUUUGUGGUGGUUAGUGGGUGACACAAGUUGGGGAACGGGCUGUGCUAGUAGAUACAGACCUGGAGUUUAUGGUAAUAUGACUGUGUUUGCAGACUGGAUUUACAGAAAUAUGCAGGUAACUUUCUCUGAAAUGUUUUGAUAGCACUUUCCGAGGUGGGUUUGUGGCUGUCAAAUACAUUGCGAUGAUGAAAUGGCCACUGGGCUGAUGGAAGCCUUCCCUGCCCUUUUCUGCCAGCCAAGCUGCUGCCUGGUAACAAGAGGAGCAAAGCAGGGAUUGCAGGUCCAGGUUGCCACAAGCGGACAGGGCAGCUCAUUUGAAAAGGCAGAGAAUUCGGUCUGUGUUGUCACAGGUGUUCAGUGUGCAUCAAAUUUGCUUAAAUCAUGCUGGAGCAGAGACAAGAGAUGGAAGUCGGGGAACUGGCUCUUUAUAGACAAAUUUGUUUAAACAUUUUCUUAAAAGGGAAAUGAAAACUUGGUCCUCCUCCACAUCAUGUGGGGCUGGACUGGCAUAACUUUUGCUCCAAACAAUUAUCUCUAGCCUGCUCCACCCAAUAUGAUUGGGGAAAGCUAGGUGACUUCAUGUGCUCUGCAGAGCUGCCUGGUUUUUUACCCAGUAGCUUCAAACUUGCCAUGCUAUCUAUCUACUCAUAUAUAUAGCACUUUCAUUGUGGUUUCCCAUAUGCUGAAGAUUUAGCUCACUCCUGGCCUUUCAUACUGCAGACCUAUUUUUAGGAGCCACCAUAUUCUUCUGCGCUCAAAUUGUUUUAACUGAUAUAAUUUUAAAUUGUAAUCUUUUCCAUGACCUCAUGGUGAAUGGCAUGCAAGAAAUUCCAUAUCUAAUAGCAUCUGGAGGGCUAAAAUGUAUCCCUCCUUGGUUUUUGUGAGAGAAAUAAUUGAUGGUGGUGGCGCCAGCAAUGGCAUAGGGACCAAAGGAAAAGGCAGGAGAGAGCAGACGUGUAGUGUGUGCACUGGCAUGUCUACUCUGGAAUGCCAUUUGGCCACUUCCGUUGCACUUGGCUCUCGAGGCACAAUACGAUUCCAAAUGUGUUAUCUCCCAUCAAAUUAACUUUUGGGGGGGGGGAUGUUUAGUCAGUCAAAAUGCAGAUACAAUUCUCGUGCAACUGUCUUUUGUCUCUGAGGUAGGAAUUACAAGGUGUGUUCAGGCACACCCUUUGGCUGCUACCUUCGGUCAUUUGCAGGUUGCCAUGUCCUGAAAAUUUAUAGUUCCAUAGAAAGACUUGCCACAGCCCUGCUAUGGUUUACUCAUGAUCCUGCAUGCAACCUGAUCUUGUGGGCGCAGGCAAGAAUUCAGUGACACCACUUGCUUCUUAGCUUGAAUAACUGAUUGCGUUAAAAGUUCAUGUAAACAUUAAUAAAUUCAAUAUUUUUGGAUUGAGGUUGCUGAAACUUGCGUUUUUCCCAACAGGCGAACAGAUGAUGAUAUUCAGCCAUAUACCCCUGCCCUCCAUGGAAUGAAUGGUGCCCUUGAUGUAUCCGAUGGCUUUCUUGGUCUUCUUCAUUCCUGUAUUAAGCGACUCUUAGGACCUAAACACUUGAUAAUUCUGAAUGCUUGCAAAGUAUUUGGUGCCAUUUGCACUGUGACUGUCUUAAUAUCAAGUGGUGUAGGUUUAACAAGAUUAUCUUUCCUUCAGUGUAAGUGCCCCUGGUCAACUUGCUAAACUUUUCUUCAUUUUGGAGGAUUCCCAACCAGUUUUUUAAGUUUUAUUAGAAAUCAUAUUUAUAAAUUGUUACUGCUGUCUUUGGAAUAGCACAGCAUCUUGUUUAUUUUCUUGGUUUUAUUUUAACUUUUAAUACAUUAUUAUCUGUGAAUAUCUGGGCUGCUGGCUAGCCCAGUUUUUCAAGAUUGAGGGUAAUGUCUUACUGUAACAUGUGAAGAGACCUCCUCCAAUACUCCAGAGAGAUGAAUUAUACUUUUCAUUAUCUCGUGGUCAGGUACUUUUAAUUCCUUGUGCUCUGUAUAUGUAUUAUAUUGAUUCUGAAAUCAAGUACAGUAUAUGUUCAGGUUUAUACUGAAUUCCUCCCCUCCUUUCAAUAUGAAGAUAUCAAAAUAAGAGUUUGGUUCAGAAAAUGGGAAACCCUUGAAUUUUAUUUUGUUAGAAUAUUCCAAGGGCCUAUCUGAUGUAGAAAGGAUAAAACUACCGAGCCUGAGUAAGCAACCAACUGGAUAUGUUGUUUACUUAUGUGCUUACUCAUGUUUAGAGCCUGCAGAGAGUAGCUUAGGGAACAAUUCAACAGUUUUCCCAAUCUCUUUCCUGAGCAAAGACUAAAUACACUAUUGUGAAUAUUUAUUACAUGCGGUUGGCUGCUGUUAACCCACAUGCCACUGGAAAAGUAACCACUUAAUCUUACAGCUACCUCAUUUUGUAAGAGUGCGGCAAAAUUAAUAUUUUAAGCAGGGAUUUUUUACAAUUAAGAUUUAGUUUUAAUAAUGAGUUCAGAAAUAAACUUAAAUAUGGAAUGUGAAACAGCAAUAAAAUCUGGCAAACUGGGAUUUCUUCUGAUUCUCAUGGACUGAAAUUACCAAACUGCUGCUAUUGAAUUGCACUUUUUAAAAAUGUGCCUGUUACCGCAGCAACUUUCAUUUCGGGGUUUUGCCGAUAAAGUUGGGUAGUAAUGAGCCACUCAAAUCAUUAUUUAAAGGAGACGUACCGAUAAUACUAUGAAUAUAAAUCUUGCUGAAUUGUUAAAUAGUUGUGCCACUAUUUUAAGUAGCAAAUAUUUCUUUACUUCAGAAUUGAAAUACAGCAUGUAUCUUAUGUACAAAUAAAUAAUUUUUUUACUCUCCUAACCUUUUGGCUAAUUAAUAUUUCUUGUUAUAGUAGGACCAUUAGCAAAAAUGGGCAUCUACAACUGGAGAAUACUUGGGCCUCAAACAUCCUUUUUACAUUGUCCUUGCUGGAUGAGGCUGAUGGGAAUGGGACAGCACUUGUAUGGUCAGUUUCCCUGAAAAUGUAAAUUAAGAGUAACUGCAGAACA